AUGCUGGUCCAUUCCACGUUCCUGGCCGCCGCCACCCGCUCGUCGGUGCCACCGCUACGCCACGCGCCGAGAUCGUUGGCGCUGCGAGGGCUCGGCGUCGAGGCGAUCCACAGCCCGCGCCACCUCUCCACCUCGACCCGUUUCGGCUCGCCACAAGCCACCCAGGCCCGCUCCGCGUCGCCCGCCCUUGGGGUGGAGCAGCAGCCAGUCGCAGGACCCAGCUCAGAGCCCGAGCCCAAGCGCAGCAACGACGACAGAGACCGCGCCACAGAAUCCCGCGACGUAGUCUGGGGCGAAAAGCACCCGAGCAAGAGCUAUCUCCUCUUUCACCCGGUCUACUCGGAGUCGGACCUCGACUCGGUCCAGGUCGUCCACCGCGAGGCGCAGACGACCGGCGACCGGGUGGCGGGCAAGAUGGUCUGGCUGGCCCGCAGCAUCUUUGACCUCGCCACGAGGUACCCCGGCUACAAGAACAAGAACCUGCCGCCGCUCAGAGCCUCCUCGACGACCGACAAGAAGGUCGAGCUGCCGCGCCACAUUGCAGCUCAAAAGGACCGGCUCGACCAGAUGGCCAAGGACGGCCAGGCGGUCCAGGUCGACAAGGCCUCGUCGGUCGACGCCGCCGAGAUCCAGCAAGGCAUGACGCUCGACGAGAUGAGGAAAAAGGGCAUCGUCUUUGGGCCCGACGGCUGGAUGAACCGCAUGAUCUUUCUCGAGACUGUCGCCGGCGUCCCCGGCAUGGUGGCAGCCACCUGUCGCCACCUCCAGAGCCUCCGCCUCAUGAAGCGCGACAAGGGCUGGAUCCAUACCAUGCUCGAAGACGCCGAAAACGAGCGCAUGCACCUGCUCACGUUCAUGUCGAUCGCCAAGCCGGGCAUCAUCGCCCGGACGUUUGCGCUGCUGGCGCAGGGCGUCUUCUACAACUUUUUCUUCUUCUUCUACCUCGUGGCGCCCAAAGUGGCGCACCGCUUUGUCGGCAAGCUCGAAGAGGAGGCGGUGCACACCUACACGCUCGUCCUCGAGGACAUGAAGGCGGGCCGCCUGCCCGAGUGGGAGAACCUCGCGGCGCCCGAAAUCGCAAAGGAGUACUGGCAGCUGCCCGAGGGCGCGCGCUUUGAGGACGUCAUCCGCGCCAUCCGCGCCGACGAGGCCACCCACCGCCACAUCAACCACACGUUUGCCUCGCUCGAGUCGACCGACCCCAACCCGUUUGCCUACCGCGACGCACCCGCCAAGAUGCGCGGCACCACCUACGGCCUCGAGAGGGACGAGGCGCUCGAGUGGGCCAAGCGGAGCGAACGCGAGGCCAUCGAGUCGGCCAACAAGACCGCCUAG